GGUCCGCGUCGUCGCCUCCGCUUUGCACGCUUAUUCCGCUGCUCUAUCUCUGCACAUACGCUAGUCACCAUGGUCGCCACUGUCCAGAAGCCUGCGCCCACCUUCAAGGCCACCGCUGUCGUUGACGGCCUUUUCCAGGACAUCUCGCUGUCUGACUUCCUCGGACAAUGGGUGGUUCUGUUCUUCUACCCACUUGACUUCACCUUUGUCUGCCCGACCGAGAUCCUCGCAUUCAACGAUUCGCUGCCGCAGUUCAAGGAGCUUAACACCGCUGUGCUCAGCGUGUCGACCGACUCGCACUACGCGCACCUUGCGUGGGCCACCCAGCACCGCAAGCAGGGUGGCCUCGGUCCCGACCUCAAGCUUCCCAUGAUCGCGGACAAAAACAUGAAGAUUUCCCGCGACUACGGUGUCCUCAUUGAGGAGGAUGGUGUCGCCCUCCGCGGCCUCUUCCUCAUCGACCCCAAGGGCACCUUGAGGCAAAUCACCAUCAACGACCUGCCCGUCGGCCGGUCCGUCGAGGAGACCAUCCGCCUUGUCAAAGCGUUCCAGUUCACGGACGAGCACGGCGAGGUCUGCCCCGCCAACUGGACCGAGGGUAGCAAGACCAUCAAGACGGACCCCAAGGGCUCCCUGGAGUACUUCUCGUCGGCGACUGCCAAUGGUGCUAAUGGCCAUGCCGAGGCGAACGGCCCCAGGACUCGUAGACGCGUGCGCAGUGUGUUGUGUGCUUCAUCCACUUAGACCUGUAUUUUCUAGUUAUAGAAGAUUUCGUGAGAGGUAGAGGUAGAGCUUAGACGGCUUGACA